GGGCUGGUUCCCAUCUAACCGGACGGGCGAUUUGUGAAGAAUGCUUUCGGUCUUUUGUCUCUCUCCACUACUGUCUCUCUCCACUCGCACUCACGAUCUGCAUUCCCACACUCUCCUCCCUCUCUUUCUCUCUCUUCUUCCUUUCUCUCUCUCUGAUAAACCUCUGAGAAAUGGGAGAGAACGCGAAUGAGGUGCCCCAAGAGGAAGAAGAAGACCAGAUCGUGAACCCAUUCCAGGUCACUGUGAAAAAGGGCGAGAAGAUCGACUACGACAAGCUCAUCGACAAGUUUGGGUGCCAGCGCCUCGACCCUUCGUUUGUUGAGAGGGUUGAGCGCGUCACCUCUCGACCUCCCCAUGUCUUCCUUCGAAGGGGCGUGUUCUUUGCUCACAGGGAUUUUAAUGAGAUUCUUGAUGCUUAUGAGAGAGGGGAGAAUUUCUAUCUUUACACAGGAAGAGGACCAUCAUCAGAAGCUUUGCAUUUGGGGCACUUGGUUCCCUUCAUGUUUACCAAAUAUUUGCAGGAUGCUUUUAAAGUUCCCCUUGUUAUACAGCUCACUGAUGAUGAGAAGUGCAUGUGGAAGAAUCUAUCAGUAGAAGAGAGUCAGAGGCUUGCUCGUGAAAAUGCUAAAGACAUCAUAGCAUGUGGUUUUGAUGUCACUAGAACUUUCAUAUUCUCUGACUUUGAUUAUGUUGGUGGAGCCUUCUACAAGAACAUGGUGAAAGUUGCAAAAUGUGUUACAUUUAACAAGGUGGUGGGGAUAUUUGGAUUCACACCAGAAGAUCAUAUAGGCAAAAUCAGUUUCCCUCCUGUUCAGGCUGUUCCUUCCUUUCCUAGCUCAUUUCCACAUCUCUUUUCUGGCAAAGAUGAUCUCCGCUGUCUGAUUCCAUGUGCUAUCGACCAGGAUCCUUAUUUUAGGAUGACACGUGAUGUUGCUCCAAGGAUAGGAUAUCAAAAGCCUGCAUUGAUAGAAUCUUCGUUCUUCCCAGCGCUGCAGGGUGAAACAGGUAAGAUGUCAGCUAGUGACCCUAAUUCUGCAAUUUAUGUCACUGAUUCUGCCAAAGAUAUCAAGAAGAAGGUGAACAAUCAUGCAUUUUCUGGUGGCCAGGAUUCCAUUGAGAAACAUAGGGAGCUUGGGGCGAAUUUGGAGGUUGACAUACCAUUCAAGUACCUCACCUUCUUUCUAGAUGAUGAUGAUGAAGUAGAGCACAUAAGAAAGGAGUAUGGGUCUGGGCGGAUGCUAACUGGCGAGGUUAAGCAAAAGCUUAUCCAAGUCCUGACUGAGUUGGUUGAGAGACAUCGCAAGGCUCGUGCUGCUGUUACAGAGGAGAUGGUGGAUGUAUUCAUGGCUGUGAGACCCCUCCCCAAUAUGUUUGGAUGAGUUGAUAUAUCCCCUACCAAAUUGUCAAGAGAGAGUGAGAUUUUACUCUAUAAGAUCAGGAAUGAACUGUCUGGGUUGCUCAGCACAACACACAGGAGAGAGAGAGAGAGAGAGAGAGAGAGAGAGAGAGAGAGAGAGAGAGAAGUUAGU